AUGCCUCCUGCUUUGGAGAACAUUAAGGCGAUAACCACACGAGGAGGUAAAACUACUCAAGACCCGCUUUAUCCUAACCAUGUUAACAGGAAGAAAGCAAGCCCGGUGGCAGAAGAACCACCUUGGGAUGAGGAACCCGAGAAGGUUCAUGAAGGGAUGACGGCUCCGCAUGAAUUUUAUGAUACCCAAGUAUUGUCGUUCCCUAUGAGGGCAAAGAAGCCAAGUACAGAUGAGCAGUUCAGCCACUUUGUUGAGAUAAUACAACAAGUGAACAUCAAUGUGCCCUUGAUGGAUGCGAUGAAGGUUCCGACCUAUGCUCUCUAUAUCAAGGACAUAAUCAACAACAAGCGACCGCUGCCAACUACCGAAGUUAUCAAGCUCACUGAGGCAUGCAGUGCAGCUAUACUUCAACAAUUGCCAGAGAAGAAGAAGGAUCUAGGAUUCCCAACUAUCAAAUGUUCGAUAGGGGCACAGAACUUCGACAAAGCCUUAUGUGAUUUGGGAGCCAGUGUUAGUGUGAUGCCGAAGGUGGUCUUCGACCAGCUCAAUUACACAGAGUUGACACCAACACCCAUGCAGUUGCAAUUGGCUAACACCUCAGUACGGCACCCAGAAGGAAUUGCUGAGGAUGUCCCAGUGAGAGUACGGGACUGUUUCAUCCCAGUCGAUUUUGUGGUACUUGAUAUGGAUAAUCAGAAGGAGACUACUCUCAUUCUAGGAUGGUCAUUCCUCAAUACAGCAGAUGCACAUAUUGAUGUUGGGGCCAGAGAAAUCCGACUCCAUAUCAAUGGUAAAGGGGAGAAAUUUGACUUCCGACCCAAAAGAGAGCGAUGCUUGAUGAUCCGGGUCAAAUUUGGGCCAAAUCCUCAGAAAAUCAAAGAAGUCGAAGUCACACCCUCGCAGAAGGAUAGUCUUAUACCUUUUAUGAAGAGACUUAUGAAAGAAGAUCCAACGAGCUCAAAAAGGUCUAAGAAGAAGGGUAAAUCAAAGGCUACUACACCCUAG